CUGAAACUACCUGUGCGCGACAGGAAGGGCCCGGCAGAGCCUCGGCGGCCGGAGCGCUGGGCCUGAGACCGGAACCAGGCGCGCCCCGCGCCCCGGCCCCGCGGCGAUGGCCUGAGCCACACGGCCUUCGGGACCAUGAAGAGCGAGCGGGCGCGCAGGGGCCCAGGCGGCUCCGGGGGCCUCGGCGCGGGACUCAAGUACACCUCGCGGCCGGAGAACAUGAAUGGCUUUGAGGAAGGCGUGGAGUUCCUGCCGGCCAACAACGCCAGGAAGGUGGAGAAGGGCGGCCCGCGGCGGUGGGUGGUGCCCGUAGCCGUGCUGGCUGGCCUCCUGGUGCUGUCCCUCAUGGCGGGGCUCCUGGCGUGGCACUUCCAGUACCGGAACGUGCGGGUUCAGAAGGUCUUCAAUGGCUACCUGAGGAUCACGAACGAGAACUUCCUGGAUGCCUAUGAGAACUCCAGCUCCACUGAGUUUGCAAACCUGGCCAAGAAGGUGAAGGAAGCGCUGAAGCUCUUAUACAGCGGGAUCCCUGUCCUGGGCCCCUACUACAGGAAGUCAGCUGUGACCGCCUUCAGCGAGGGCAGCAUCAUCGCCUACUACUGGUCGGAGUUCAGCAUCCCCCAGUACCUGGUGCAGGAGGCCGAGCAGGCCAUGGCGCAGGAACACGUGGUCACGCUGCCGCCCCGAGCCCGCGCCGUGAGCUCCUUCGUGCUGACCUCAGUGGUGGCCUUCCCCACUGACCCCAGAAGAGUACAGAGCACCCAGGACAACAGCUGCAGCUUUGCCCUGCACGCCCGUGGCAGCGAGCCGACCCGCUUCACCACGCCCGGCUUCCCCGACAGCCCCUACCCGUCUCACGCCCGCUGCCAGUGGACCCUGCGGGGGGACGCUGACUCCACACUGAGCCUCACCUUCCGCAGCUUCGAUGUCGCGACCUGUGAUGAAAGUGGCAGUGACCUGGUCACUGUGUAUGACACCCUGAGCCCCGUGGAACCCCGGGCUGUGGUGCAGCUGUGUGGCACAUACCCUCCCUCCUACAACCUGACCUUCCUCUCCUCCCAGAACGUCCUGCUCGUCACGCUGGUGACCAACACCGAGCGCCGACACCCCGGCUUCGAGGCCACGGUCUUCCAGUUGCCUCGGAUGAGCAGCUGUGGAGGCGACUUGCAUGCAGCCCAGGGCACAUUUAGCAGCCCCUACUAUCCAGCCCACUACCCGCCCAACAUCAACUGCACCUGGAACAUCGAGGUGCCCGACAACCAAAACGUGAAGGUGCACUUCAAAGCCUUCUUCUUGCUGGAGCCCAACGUCCCCCUGGGCUCCUGCUCCAAGGACUACGUGGAGAUCAACGGGGAGAGGUACUGUGGAGAGAGGCCCCAGUUUGUCGUGAGCAGCGGCAGCAGCAAGAUCACCGUCCACUUCCACUCAGACCAGUCCUACACGGACACCGGGUUCCUGGCCGAGUACCUGUCCUACGACGCCAGUGACCCGUGCCCGGGCAGGUUCAUGUGUAACACAGGGCGGUGUAUCCAGGAGGAGCUGCGCUGUGACGGCUGGGCUGACUGCACCGACCACAGCGACGAGCUCCACUGCCAAUGCAACGCCACCUACCAAUUCACGUGCACGGACAAGCUCUGCAAGCCCCUCUUCUGGGUCUGUGACUCCGUGAAGGACUGCGAGGACGGCAGUGAUGAGCAGGGCUGCAGCUGCCCGCCCGAGACCUUCAGGUGUAACAACGGGAAGUGCCUCCCGCAGAGCCAGCAGUGUGACGGGAAGGACAACUGUGGGGACGGGUCCGAUGAGGCCAAGUGCGACCACGUGAGCACCGUCACCUGCACCAAACACACCUACCGCUGCCUCGACGGGCUCUGUGUGAGCAAGGGCAACCCCGAGUGUGACGGGAAGAAGGACUGUAUCGAUGGCUCGGAUGAGAAGGACUGUGACUGUGGGCUGCGGUCAUUCUCCAGGCAGUCUCGGGUUGUCGGGGGUGAGAACGCGGACGAAGGUGAGUGGCCCUGGCAGGUGAGCCUCCACGCCCGGGGCCAGGGCCACGUGUGUGGGGCUUCCCUCAUCUCCCCCAGCUGGAUGGUGUCCGCCGCCCACUGCUUCGUCAACCACAGAGGAUUCAGGUACUCUGACCACAGCAUGUGGACCGCCUUCCUGGGCCUGCACGACCAGAGCAAGCGCAGCGCCCCCGGGGUGCAGGAGCGCCGGCUGCAGCGCGUCAUCUCCCACCCCUUCUUCAACGACUUCACCUUUGACUACGACAUCGCGCUGCUGCAGCUGGAGCAGCCGGCCGAGUACAGCGCUACGGUGCGGCCCAUCUGCCUGCCGGACGCCGCGCAUGCCUUCCCCGCCGGCAAGGCCAUCUGGGUCACCGGCUGGGGCCACACGCAGGAGGGAGGCACCAGGGCGCUGAUCCUGCAGAAGGGCGAGAUCCGCGUCAUCAACCAGACCACGUGCGAGCGCCUGCUGCCGCAGCAGAUCACCGCGCGCAUGAUGUGCGUGGGCUACCUCAGCGGCGGCGUGGACGCCUGCCAGGGCGAUUCCGGGGGUCCGCUGUCCAGCCCGGAGGCCGAUGGGCGGAUGUUCCAGGCCGGCGUGGUGAGCUGGGGCGACGGCUGCGCGCAGAGGGACAAGCCAGGCGUGUACACGAGGCUCUCCGUGUUUCGGGACUGGAUUAAACAGCAGACCGGGGUGUAGCGGCGAGGUGCCACCCCAGGUGCGCACGUGCGGGCUGAGGACGGGAUUGCUGCCCGGACCCCCGGCUUGGCCCCCGGAACCCAGACUGGGACCUGAUCCCCGAGCCUCUGGAGAUGGAGACGCGCCCGCAGGCCUCUCACCCACCCCACACCCCCAGCUUCCCAAGCGCGUUCAGGGAGGGGAGGGGAGGACGCCUGGCAGUGCCAGGCCGGAGGUUUGAAGACACAGCCUUUCGGCCCUGGCGCCACGCUGGGCCGGAGGCUCUUUUCCUCGGAUACAGGGAAGGCUGGCUUCGUCUGCCUCAGAUAUAGGACCAGCUCUUGUUUGGACUUUGGGGCCCCCUGGGCGGGGCUGGUGGGACACCACGGGCUCCCAGGGUCGCCUGCUUCAGGAAAUCCAGGCCUGAGGGACCUGGAAGUCAGCCGGGUCCAAGGUUCGAAUGUUUUGCCGGCUCCCAGGGCGGGGUUCAGUGUGUAUAUUUGUGUGUAUGAGUAAAACACUUUAUUUCUUUUUAGGUAA